CACGCACCCGCCGCCUGCUGCGGCUGCGCGGGCAGGCAGGCAGCUUAGCCGCAGCCCACGGCCACAAAUUAACCUCGCCACCACCAGCGACACAGCACAACAGGCAGCUCCAUCCAUCCGCUCCCGCGUCGCCGUCGCCAUCCCCAUCCCAUCUGGCCACACCCUAAAGGCGUCCGCCGCGCUGUGCAGCCGUCAAUACGAACGCCUGCGGCCUAAUUCUUCUCUCCCCUCCCCGCCGCCUAGCUCGCCCGAUCCCGUCCUUGCUGCCUCCUGCUUCCCCCCUCAGGCCGGGGCCUCCGUUCCCCGUUCCAGAGUAGCAGCAUAGCAAGCAACAGCGGCGCGUGUGUACACGCAUACGCAGCAGGUAGAUCCGAUCCCCCCGCUCUACCCUGCCCUAUAGCAGCGUCGUCGCCUGCGCCUCCGCAACAGUGCCUCUUCUCUCGCGUCUGGCCACGCCCGCCUCCCAGCUAGCUCCAGCCUCCAGGGCAGGUGGAAGGAAGGGGAGGAGGAGCGAGGCGUGGCGGGGGCGACAAGAAAUACCGGGGGAACGACGAAGAAAGCGUAGUAGAUGAGCUUGUGCCUGCUACUACUACUACUACUACUACUGGUGUGGUGCGUUCCUGGUGGCUAUGGAUCACUUCGCUUCUCCGAGCGGGCGAUUCUCUAGGGAGGAGGAGGCGGACGAGGAGCAGGAGGCGGACGCGUCCAAUUCCAGGCGCGAGAUCUCCUUCAUGCCGGUGGCCGCCGCGUCGUCUUCGGCGGCGCCUGCCUCCGCGUCCGCGUCCACGAGCGCAUCCGCGUCGGCAUCGGGGAGCAGCAGCGCCGCCGCCCCCUUCCGGUCCGCGUCGGGGGAUGGCGCCGGGGCGUCGGGGAGCGGCGGCGGCGGCGGCGGCCCGGCGGACGCGGAUGCGGCGGCGGUGGACAAGGAGCCCAUGUUCGAGAAGGUGGUGACGCCGAGCGACGUGGGUAAGCUCAACCGGCUGGUGAUCCCAAAGCAGUAUGCGGAGAAGUACUUCCCCCUGGACGCGGCGGGCAACGAGAAGGGCCUCCUCCUCAGCUUCGAGGACACCGCCGGCAAGCACUGGCGCUUCCGCUACUCCUACUGGAACAGCAGCCAGAGCUACGUCAUGACCAAGGGCUGGAGCCGGUUCGUCAAGGAGAAGCGCCUCGUCGCCGGGGACACCGUCUCCUUCUCCCGCGCCGCCGCCGAGGACGCGCGCCACCGCCUCUUCAUCGACUGGAAGCGCCGGGUCGACACCCGCGGCCCGCUCCGGUUCUCCGGCCUCGCGCUGCCGAUGCCGCUCGCGUCGCACCACUACGGCCCCCACCACUACAGCCCGUGGGGCUUCGGCGGCGGCGGCGGGGGCGGAGGGUUCUUCAUGCCGCCCUCGCCGCCCGCCACGCUCUAUGAGCACCAUCUCCGGCAGGGCCUCGACUUCCGCGGCAUGAGCAUGACCUACCCCGCGCCCACCGUGGGGAGGCAGCUCCUGUUCUUCGGCUCGGCCAGGACGACGAUGCCUCCGCACGCGCCGCUCCAGCAGCCGCGCGCCCCGACGACGCUGCCGCUGCAUUACACGAUGCAACCCAGCGCCGCUGGCGUAGCCGCCGCGUCACCACGGCCGGUCGUUCUUGACUCGGUGCCGGUCAUCGAGAGCCCGACGACUGCUGCCAAGCGCGUGCGGCUGUUCGGCGUCAACCUCGACAACAACCCGCAGUCAGACGGCGGCGAGGCGAGCCAUCAUCAAGGCAAUGCGUUGUCGUUGCAGAUGCCCGGUUGGCAGCAAAGGACGACGCCGACUCUAAGGCUGCUAGAAUUGCCUCGUCAUGGGGCGGAAUCCUCCGCUGCGUCGACACCGUCGUCGUCGUCUUCCUCCAAGAGGGAGGCGCGCUCAGCUUUGGAUCUCGAUCUGUGACCUAAAGGGAAAAAUCAAAGGAAAGUUCAACAAUUCUUUCUUCUGCUUGUUUUAGUUUUCCUUACCUCUCUUUUGAUUAAUCCAUCCAUUAUAGCUUUUGUUGAUGAUAGGAGCUAGGAUUUGACGUCUUCCUUGUUUUUGGCUCUUGACUUUUUUGAUGAGUUGGUUUGAGAAGAUACAGAUAAACACUAGGAAAAUCGAUCAAUGUUUUUUUCCCCCAAAUCCGUGUCAUGUUCUUGGAUCGUUCAGCACUCGUGAUCUGAAUUUUCUCGCACUGUUACAUUCCGUUCAUGUGUAGUACUUCGGUACUCUUGUCCCGAUUUGAUAGGAAAUGCAAUCUCAUAUCGAUUCCCUACAUAUGAUAACAUGUGCCUGCAAAUCUGUCUAUCAUCUCCUAACAUGUCUCAAGAUUUGAAGAUAUGCAUCAGCAGAAUUCUCUCGCUCAACUGAAGAGGCAGCAUCAAUAAUCUUUGUCAUGAUCUUAUAAAUCUUCUAGAACAAAUUGACUCGCAACUGCAGAAGCACGGAUGGGGGACGAUGGCGAUCGCGCAUUCGCAACAGAGACAAGCCUGAAGCAACAAAUUGCAGGCUAUGUGUUAGAAUCCCUAUGUAUAGACCUAGGCCGAGACUGAGAACUGAAUCCUACAUCAAAACAGGAGGCUGAAAGGUCCAGGUCAUGCAUUUUGGCCCAAGCCUUGAUCUAUCUUAUUUGAUGAAAAUGGAAAUUCAGUAAGGAGGAUGCAAUAUAAUGCCUAAGGCGGGUUGUUCUAUAGAAUAUCCAAGAAAAAAUAUAUACAAUUCCGAUGAUGUACGUUUACAGAAAAAGAUUCAUUUACCCCACCUAUACCUCUA